AUGCCAGACUACUCUCUCCUCGCCAUCCCGGCCUUUACCAUCCUGGCCGUGGUCCCUCACGCAGGCGAGGGCAACGUUCAGCACAUGAAGAAGACCCUCCCUCCUGCCGUCUUUGCAACCUUUGAACGCGCCGAAGCUGCACACAAGAACAGCAUGGAGAGCUUGCCUCUGUUCAUUGCUGCAACUCUGUCUGGUGUGUUUGCUGAGAAGCUUACGAGAACCGAUGUUGGCAAUGCCCAAUUCUCUGCCAUCUUCUUGGGCAUCAGAGUGCUCUACACUCUUCUCUACGUAUGUCUGGCCUUGUGUUUCUACCAGAUCUACAAGGCUGCUGUCGCUCUUGCCUAA